AUGGGAAUGGUACUUUCCAAAAUUUCCACAAAUAAUGAAGAGGGGCAAUUAUUGCUUUCGAAAAAUGGCUUGCUAAAUUUUCAGAAAAAGGACACUGUGCGAUUUAAACAAAAGUUAAGGAAUUUGAAAAAUAGAAUAAAUGGUUUAUUGAAAAAGGGAUUUAAAACUACAUCUUGGGUGGUGUGGGUUGCGGGGGUAUCUGUGGUCGUCCUCAUUACGCCUAUUGCGUUCCAAUACGAGAAGGAAUGCCAAUUGUUCGAAAUGCAGGCCCAGUUCUUGCAGGCACAGCAGGCAGCUAAUGUCCCCCAGUUGAAUUGA